AUGGACCAUCAAUACUCCAACAACGCACAUCACAUGGAUUUUCACAGGCCGAAUUCCACACUGAACAACCUCGACAGGAAACCUUCCGCCUUUUCCUUUGACGACAACGCCACCCUCGACUCUACCAUCCUGGACACGCCCGUGCUCAUGUCGCCCACCACCAGCACCCAGGGCAUCUUCUCGCCCGACACCUCCAUCUGGGAGGACUUCUCCGCCGGCCAGUUUGUCGACCGCACCGCCACCAGCUCCGUCGUCAACACCAACGGCAACAACCCCUUCUUCACCGAGCAAAGUAACAACCCCUUCGCCCGGUUACCACCCAACCAAGCUGCUACCUACGGCCAGCAGUCAUGGCCCGUGACCGACAACUCUGGUUCCAGGACGCCCACAGCCCCCAAGCCGCUGAACCCCUUCGGCCCCGGUGACUUUGGAGCGGCGCCCUUCGUCGAGCAGCAGCAGAUGCCCUUCCACGGACUCCCCGUGCACCAAAAUGUCCGACCUAGUGCCGUCUUCCCCUCAGCCCCAGAGCAGCCCAUGUCGCCCCACACGCACUCCGACUGGAUGGCCUUCAACCAGCAGGAGAUGGACGCACGGCCCGGACCCAAGCGCAUGAGGCCCAACACCCCUCCCCGCUCCUUCUCCCCUCGUCGUGACGGCGGCAUCCGCAAGAAGAACGCCCGCUUCGACAUCCCGGCCGAGCGCACCCUCGUCAACAUCGACAACCUCAUCCAGAGCUGCACCAACGAAGAGGACCUCAAGGAGCUGAAGCAGCAAAAACGACUCCUCCGCAACCGCCAGGCCGCACUUGACUCCCGGCAACGAAAGAAGAAGCACACCGAGGAGCUCGAAGAGGAGAAGAAGCAGUGGAUGGAGAAGAUCUGCCAGAUGCAAGAUGACUUCGCCUCCAUGCGCAUCGAGUACGACUCCCUUGUCGCUGAGAAGGAGAAGUGGCACCAUGAGUCCAUGGAGAUGCACCACAUGAUCAACCAGCUGCAGUUCGACAAGGAGGAGCUUGUGCGCAACCACACUCUCGAGACCGGCGAGCUUCGCAAGAAGGUCUCGGUCCUCACCGAGCGCCUUGAGGCUGCCAGCAGCACCGGCAUGGCUGCCGCACCCAGCAGCACCUUCACUGACUUCGCUUCUGAGAUGGACAACCUCAACAUGGGCAACAGCGACUGGGACAACUACAUCUUCGUCAACGACUUCGCUUCGGAAGACCAGCCCACUCCUCAGCAGAACCAAGAGCUCUCUCUUGUGUCCCGCAAGGAUGAGGACAAGCCCGUCGCUUCUGGCCUCCUGCUCAUGCUCCUGCUGUGCGGUGCCUUUGUCGCAAGCAAGUCCGGUGGUGCCGCUCCUCCCAUUCCUCGCAUGCCCGACGAGGUCCGUGCCGCUUCCGCUACCGUUCUCGACAGCAUCUUCAAGGAUGCUGGUGUGUCGACCGCUAUGAGCGAGCAGGGUCUCAUUGCCAGCCACGUCACCGGUCUCGAGCCUACGCCUUCCGGCAUGGCCUGGCCCAAGACUACCAUGUCUGGCUCUGAGCUUGCUGGUAUCUCUGGCUCGCACCUCGACCAGCUGCACUCUCAUCUCACUGGGCCCACCAAGGAGCAAGAGCACGAGCAGCUGUUCUCCAUCACUCCCGACCAGUACAACAGCAUGACGUCUCUCGACUUCACUCGCUCGCGUUACAGCAUGACCAGCGACGACCUCAGCGACCCGCUGUCGCCUGGCUCUCAGCCAUCGCACCGUCGCAACCUUGCCGAGACCCUCGCCGCUAUGCGUGAGCAAAGCAAGGGCGACUCUGCUGCUGAGAUCUACACUCGCAGUCUGCUCUGGGACAAGAUCGCCCCCGAGGUCGUCCACGAGUUCAAGCGCAUUGUUGAGGAGUCUGCUGCCAUGUCCCGACCCAGCACAUCCGACGGCACCAAAGUUGAAAACAUGGGCUAA